AUGUUCCAGGAUUGCCGUUUGAUUUUGCAUCAUUCGUUAGUGGCUGGAAUCGAGAAACAUCAUAAGUCGAUGUUUCGUCGCGGUGGCAAAAUCAUACUUUCCCUGCACCCCAGACCAGCUGGACAGCAACAACGAGGGCCAUUUUCGAGCUCACCGUUCAAUUACAUUCGUCUUGUCUUCCGAAAUGGAGGCGAGGAUGAGUUCUUCGAGAAAUACAAAGAGGCGCUUGGAUUGAACAUGUGGGAGCGAACACUUUCUGGAGUUUGCUCAAGCUCAGCCCCUGUUCUUUCUCGAAAUAGCAAUACUAUGUUGCCACGAGCGGUGGGCAUUGCAGGCAUUGAGAAACGAUUGGCCGAUAAUCAUCAUCGUACCCACGAAACGAUCAGCCAGGCUUUCGAAGAUAUGAGCCGUUUGAUGGAAUACGCACGGGAUAUGGUAGCUCUUUCGAAAGCCAUCACCGAUAAACUUCGAGCAAAAAAAGGCGAAAUAACUGAUGACGAAACAAUACGAUUCAAGACCUAUUUACUGAGUCUGGGUGUUAGUGAUCCGGUGACAAAAUCGACAUUUGGAAGCAGUGCCGAAUACUACAAGAAACUUGCCGAAGAACUUUCAACAAUUCUUUGCGGGCCUCUUAAAGUUCGUUCAGUUUCCUCGUCUCCUGUAGAUUGA